AUGGGAGAUGCAGACGCCAUCCGCGAACAGAGAUGCGACCACCCAAACCCAGUGGUGAUAAGCGCCGAGUACGCCCUCCAAGCCACGAACCUCGUCCAGAUCAACGAUGAUGGUGUGAAGGCCGCUGCGCGAUACAUAGCCUCGCACCUCGCCUCCGCAUCGUACACCCCACGCACCUGGCGCACGCACCCGCUUCAUCUCCUCCCACCAGAACCAUACGACCCGCACGACCCAGCCACGCGCCGCGUGCUCGAUUGGCUGUUUGUCGUCGCCUCGCUCAACUUUAGCUUUUGGUCCGACCGGGACGACCAGGAGCGGUACGGUGUUGAGUGGCGCGAGGGGUGGGAUGCGGGGGGCAAAGGCGAAGGAGAGGGAGAGAAGGUGGUGCACACCGGGUAUUGGAGCUUGGUUGCUGCGCUUGAUCGUGCCAUAGAAGAAGGCAUACCCAUCACCGAGCCUGCAUUCUACGCGUCCCCCGAGCGUUGCCCGGACGCGAUCAUUGAACACGUAUUCCGUCCCGCACGUGAAUGUGGAGAGAAGAGUAUCCCGCUUCUCAAAGAGCGUAUUGCGAUUCUACGCGAAGUGGGAAGGACCUUAUGCGAGGACUUUGAUGGAUCAUACCAAAACUUCAUAAACGCGUACCAGGAGCGCGAGCAAGGGCAAGGCACUGCACUUGGGCUCGUGAACAUGGUGGUCAACACGUUCCCGUCUUUCCGAGACGAAUGCCUGUACGAAGGCCAUAAAAUUCACUUCUGGAAACGCGCCCAGAUCCUUGUUGCAGAAACAUGGGCUGCGUUCUACCCUCCUCCCCCUCCCUCUCCCUCAUCGCAAUAUUCUCCUUUCCCCGCACCUUCAAACCCUAACCCUCACCCGCUAUUUCCCGGCCCAGCCGGCCCGCGUAUCCGCGACCUGACGAUGUUCGCGGACUACCGCGUCCCGCAAAUCAUGGCGCACCUGCGCAUCCUCUCCUACCCUGAUUCGCUCACGCACUUGCUGAAGCGCGGCGAGCUCGUCCCGCACGGGAGCAGGGAGGAGGUGAGUCUGAGGUCCGGGAGCAUCGUCGGUGUCGAGCGAGUCAAGGAGGAGAUUGUGCGGAUAAGAGAGGAUAUGGGCGAGGAUGGGGAGGAAGUGAGUAGCGUGCUCAUCGACUUUUAUCUCUGGGACCUCGCGAAGCGGAUUGAGCAGGGUGAGGACAGGAUUGAGGGUAUCGACACGACGCCAAUCGGGCAUGCGCAUCGCACGCGGAGUGUGUGGUAUUGAACGGGGAUGCCAUGUUAACUUAGAAUUCUGUGCUUGUGCACUAAUACAUCGGGAGAAGUCCAAGACUAGGCACUCUCUUCAUCUAUCAAUAGACUUGAGUCAAUCCGACUUAUCGACGCCACUUGUCAUCCAUUCUUCCAUGUGCGCAAAACUCAUCAUACAUCCGUGAAGCAAACCUCGAACAUCC